AUGGCAUGCGCGCACGACGCUGAACGUCGGCCAACAAUCAUCUCAUCGGAGGAAAUGGCGGAGUUGGAAUAUGCCUUGGGCUGUUUCAACUUGGCGUUGCCGACUCACUUCCACCUUUGCACAUUCUCCUUCGACGAUGAGGACUUUGCGAAGAGCAACUAUAUUCUUUCGACGCAACUCAUGAUCCAAACCGCCCGGGUAUGUUUGGAAAAGGCAAAGGAAGCAAAAGCCCAGCAGUGCAGAUCGUUAUCGACAGAGUAUCGCAACGAUGAAUUCACCAAGAAAAUGGCAUCAGAAUUGGUCCGCAUUGUCCACGCAUGGUCGCCUGGACGUAUCCCUUUGAAUCACCCUAUUAUGUGUUGUACCUUGCUAGGCCCAGGAGCCUUAUUUGUUCAGAAUGAUGACUUCACACAGCAGAGCCAGGAGGUUUCAGAAUUGUUCCUGUUGCACUGCUCUAAGUAUUGGAAUCUGGGGAAAGUGAUGCUUCGGUUGCUUGAAAUUAUCAAAAUUUACACUGAAUCGAGUCAAGACGUGGCUGAAUCCAAAGAGAAAGAACUAGUGAGGCGAUUUUCGAUGCUCAUACCGCCUCACCGUAAGAGAAGGUGUUCUAUUGCGUCCGCAAAUGAUCCGGAUCCUCGCCUGCCAGACUUAGCUAUUUUGAACGCCUCGCUUGACUUCAACCAGAGCAAUUCAUCUGCGACCGAACAUCUGCCGGUUGUUGAUGCUGGGAAGUGUAUUGGUCGAGUGAAAGACGGAAAUUUUGGAGUGCGAGCCAGGCCUCAAAAUGAGGAUCAUGCCGUAUCCUCGAACACCACCUCGGCUCACUCCGAUUCCGACAAAGGACAACACAAUUUGUUUGACAACAUUUUCGACGACAUUGGGCAAUAUGUCUCUGGAGAUAGUCCUGAAUUCAACAACUCAUUUCUACAUGUUGUCGGUGCGCCAGGGCAUGUGGAAGAUGACUGGAUGUUAUAA